UCCGUCCCAAGAUGGCGUUACACCUGUUUCUCCGGCGGUGAUCCCCGUUGUUGUGUGCGCAGUGUGAGAAAACAAACCUUCGGUAACAGACUGCUAAUAAAUUAACGAUAAAGUUCAACUACUGAAGUGAACUCGGUCGCUUUAAAAAUGUCCACGGAGGAGCUGUCAGCCUCGGACAGUGAAGCUGUCUUGGCCGGCGCAGGGGAGCGAUGGGCACCGGUUGGCGCUGUGGCCAGUCCCGAGGAUGAGAGCCCGAGCGCCGGCCAGCCGACGCAGAAAGGCUCGUCGUCGGCCAACAAGCAGGAAAUGGCCACCAGGCUGGAGAAGCUCGAAGAGGAGCAGGACCUGCUGAACUCCUCUCUCCUCGCCCUUACCUCUCAUUUCGCCCAGGUGCAGUUCCGACUGAAGCAGAUAGUUCACGCCCAGAGCGACGAGAAGGAGAGGAUGCUGGUGGAGCUGGAGGAGUUCGCCUUCAGGGGCUGCCCUCACGUCGUGGGCUGCAGAGCUCAGGACGCCACACAGCUGGAGAACUCGAGUGAGAGGGAGAAGCGGGAGCGCCUGGAGGCUCAGAGGGAAAAACAAAAAGAUCUCAUUUUCCAGCUGAAGACACAGCUGGAUGAUCUGGAGCGCUUCGCCUAUCAGGAGGGCAGCUACGACUCGCUGCCGCAGUCUGUUGUCAUGGAGAGGCAGAAGGUCAUUAUUGACGAGCUGAUCAAAAAGCUCGAUGUGAACCUGAACGAGGACAUCGGGAACCUGUCGCCCGAGGAGCUGAGACAGAGAGUAGACUCCGCCAUCGCUCAGAUCGUGAACCCAGCCCGGGUCAAAGAGCAGCUGGUGGAUCAGCUCAAAACCCAGAUCCGAGACCUGGAGAUGUUCAUCAACUUCAUCCAGGACGAGGUGGGGAACCCUCUCUUAUCAGAGGGUGGACACAGUCAGCAGACACAAGCAGCUGGAGCCAACAGCAGAAGUCCAGGAGGGAAGAAGAAAGUGGAUCCCGAGCAGGCCCAGAAGAUCCGAGAGACCGGCCUGCAGCUGAUCCAGAAGGCCCUCGCCGUGCUGCAGAUCUUCGCUGCGAGCCAGUUCGGCUGUGGACCGGGCCAAGUUCCUCAGAGCAUGUGGCCUCAGGAGUCUUCAGGGCAGGACUACGGGCCCCUGCUGCAGAGACUGGAGGCGGCUGUGGAUAAGGUGAGAGUGAUGGGCUCCUGCAGACAGACGGCCCUCGAUCACGUCGUCAACUACACCAGCGACGCGGCGCUGGGACCCCGGGACGAGCUCGUCACUGCUGUGAGGAAGGAGCUCUCGAUCGCCCUGAAAGACUUGCUGGCACACGGCCUCUUCUCGCCCUCCCAGACCAUGAGCCUGGUGCUGGCCCCCAUCUCCUGCCUGCUGCCUUACAGACCCGCCACACAGAACAUGCACCCGUGGGAACUCUUUGUUAAAUUCUACCACUCCAAAAACGGGAAGGCCUUCGUGGAGUCGCCAGCGCGCCAGCUCUCUCAGUCCUUCAGCCUGCCGGUAGGGGGCGGCCCGGUCACCGUGACCCCUAAACAGUCACUGCUGUGGGCCAUCCACACGGUGCUGAACGAGCACGGACGCUACAAACGAGGACCGGACACGGAGUUCAAAGCGCUGGUGUGCAUGGCUCUGAACGAGCAGCGGCUGGUGUCGUGGCUCAACCUGCUGUGUAAGUCCGGGACCCUGAUCCACCCACACUACCAGGCCUGGAGCUACAUGGCCCAGACCGGCUUUGAUGGAGCCCUGAGGAUCCUGGGCCGCAUCAGCCACCUGAAAUUCAACCUCCCAGUAGACCUGGCCGUCCGGCAGCUCAAGAACAUAAAGGAUGCUUUCUGAGCAGAAAAACAAAAGAGCUAAACACCAACAGCAUGACUUUGUGAACCUUUUUUUACGGUUCUCUAAGUAGCCGCCCAUCUGAAGUUAAAGUGUGACGUCUACAGUACAUGCAUGGGUGAUUAUAUUCUGUUUUGUUUAUGAUGCCAAACUGUUGACUUGUACUGUAAACAUGCCUUAGACCAGAGCUUGAGAUGACCUCAUCUUUAGCCAAGCCUUCCUGACCUUUGUGACCUGUGUUCCUCACAAAGUAUCGUCCCACCUGUGUGUACACGACCGAGCUCUCUCUCACCUGUGCAGCAGAGAGUCUGUACAGUAAUCAGUACUGUAACGUUCUAGCCGCUUAGGCGAUCCAAUUAGAAAAAAAAAAAAAAAAAAGCACUAAGCAGAGAGUCGUCUCCGUACUGUGGCCGCCACACGGUAAAGAAGGAGACCGCUGCUGUCGUGGAUGUGGUUGUCCAGGCGGUAAAUCACGUGUAGCAGAUUGGUGGAUUUGAGAGCAUAAAAGCAACACUCAGGUCACGUAGAAAUAAGAGGUGUUAGUUUUCAAGAUGCUCUGCAGGGCUGGGCGAUAAAAUGAGCGGGAUAAGAGAUCGUCGUGUUAUAUUCAUGUGAGUAACGUCAAAUACUUGAUAUGGAGAGAUACAACAGCACUAUCGACGAACAGGCGGUUAGCAGUUUUAGCUAUAGCACACCGAACAGUUAAACAUUUCUGGCCCACUGUUUCUGUCCCAUCACUUUUUAGAUCGUGUUCCUUUUAUACUAUUUUUUUUUUUUAACUGAACGAUAUAACAAAUGAGAAGAUUCACCGCACACAAGAAGGCUUUAUUCAGGUACCGGUACUUUCUCAAACAGACAACACCCCUCGCCUGCAUGGCUUCAUUAGUUUUGUAGCCAUGCGGGCGAGGCGGGUUGUUUUUUUGUUUUUUUUAGAAUAGUUGAAAGAGGGAGGAGGUGAUCCGGCCCUCUUGUGUGCGGUUAAUCUUCUCAUUUGCUGUCAAGAUGACGUUUCCUGCCAUCCCCUGCUCCAAGAUAAAAAAAAGGACUGACCGUGCUGUGCACAGGGCAUCCCCGUUGAAGGAUUUAACUUGUUAGACUUGUGGCAGAUUAGAGUGAAAUAAGAUGCUGCUGGUUAUCCUGUAGUGAUUUUACUGGUUUUAUUUCACUACAUGCUUUUGUUUUGGAGAAGAGGAGACGUCCACCUGCAGAAUCGAAGGAACCCUGGACCCUGAUCAUCAUUAGUGGUAACUCAGCUUGCAGACAUCCUGUUGUUCAUGUUUUAACAUGAAGCUGCUAUUCAGUGUUUUUACUGGGUUUUUAUUUUUUUUUGUACAAAAAAUAGUUCUGCCUUAAAAAUACAAAAGCAUUAGCACACGGAAAUAAAUAAGUUAAACCGAUCUCUCAGCUUUCUUUAGGCUACAGUCAGUAUCAGGAUCCUCCUCUAAUCAGCAGCUUUAUCAAAUUCUAAUCAUCGUAAACGUUUCAUUGUCAUUAUUCUGCCAUAUCGCUCAGCCCUAAAGCAAGAGGCAGACAUGAAGUUCAUGAAGUGUUGUUUGACAUUAUGCAGCUGCUACAUGCUCUCCACUCCAUCGUUAACCUCUGAAGCAGUUAUUUUGCACGUUGUGUUUCAGGUGUGUUAACUACAUCUUCGACCCUGUAUGAACUGCUGCUUAUCUCCUAUUCCAGGUCCAGUAGAAAACUUCUAUGAAAGUGCUAAUGUUGUCCAUCGUUAUUAUUAAGACUUGAUUUCAUAAUGAAAGAGCUUACAUGUCUGAUUGAAUCUUUUUUUUCCCCCUCAGAGGAAUAGUUCUUAUCUUCCUGAUUCAGCUGAGUUGCACCAAACCCUCUUGAAUGUACAAACCAUAGAUGCUAUUAAACUGCGGCUGGGUCGUACCUGUGGUGUGUUUGUGGGCCCUUGUGUUCGUACCAAACCUCUGACAGGAGGGAAAACAGAUUCCAGGACGUGCACCUUGAAACCCCUUUCCAAAUGUUAAACAUGAAUUAUGUUAUGUUACAGUGUGAAGAGAAAUGUCACAUUCUGAUUGGGUUGUGUGUAGUUCAUGUAACGCUCCCUUUUUCCCACUUUAGUUGUGUUUUGUUUUGCUCAUAAGUUGUGAUUUAUGUAAAGUGAUGUUUAUUUAUUGGAUAGCAUGUUUUAGCUAAUGUAGUCAGACGAUAUGUUAAGUAGCUGCUGGGAAUAAUAGACACACUAAAUAAUUUCAAUACAGAUAUUUAUGUUAUAUAUAUAUAUAUAUUUUAUUGUUUUUAUUAUGUUUAAUGCAAACCUACUGCUGUAAACAUUAAACAGUAAAUGAGCUGC